GCCAUCUGUGGAAAUAUUUUCUAGGGUUCUUGGGCGGAGCAGCUCGCCGAUCGACAGGUUUGUAGCGAUGGAUCGCGGAUCGUGAGGUCGCGCGCGCUUGCCAGUGAUGUAUAGCCGGGUCAGCAGCGGUGGCUCGCGCGGCGGCCCGGGCAGUGGGAAUGGAGCUGGGGCGGUGGUGAAGCUGGACCAGGUGCCGUGCUGGAGCGAUGUCGAGCAGCGCAGCAGUGUGGGGGACGGAUUGGAUGAUGCCGCUCAGAGGAAUUUCGACCCGCUGUCCGGGAGCAGUGGCCAGAAGGUCUCCAAGUUUGGGAUUGAUCACAGCAUCAAUGGGAAGCUGUAUAUCUGGAAAGGUGUUCCCUGGAACCUGGAAGUCGAUGCGGUGGUGAAUUCUACUAACGAGAAUUUAGAUGAAGCUCAUAGCAGUCCUGGACUACAUGCUGCUGCUGGACCGGGGCUUGCGGAGGAGUGCUCGAGUCUGGGUGGCUGCAGAACUGGAAUGGCGAAGAUCACCAGCGCGUAUGAUUUACCCGCUAGGCGUGUCAUUCACACUGUGGGUCCUCGAUACGCUGUGAAGUAUCACACAGCUGCUGAAAAUGCCCUUAGUCAUUGCUAUAGGUCUUGUCUUGAGCUCCUAAUCGAGCACGACCUUGAAAGCAUUGCGAUGGGCUGUAUUUAUUCUGAAACCAAAGGCUAUCCCCGUGAACCUGCUGCGCAUGUUGCAAUUCGCACGGUGCGUAGAUUUAUGGAGAAACACGGGACCAAAAUCACCGGUAUCGUGUUCUGUAUGACAACGUCCACGGAUGCAGAGAUUUACAGAAGGUUACUUCCACUCUAUUUUCCAAGAGAUAAGUACGAAGAAGAUGUUGCGAGCGUGAAGCUUCCUGCUGACGUUGGAGACGAGAACGGAGAAACGAUUAUAACCGAGCGCAAGAUUAGGAUCUCUGCGCUGCCUUCAUCCGAAUGGGCUCCAAGCUCGCUAGAAAAUGGCAUCAAUAACUAUCGAGCAGUAGCAGUUAAAAGGAACGAAUCGUUGGACGCACUGGUCGACCCUGCGUUUAUGUCCAUGACGAAGGAUCCCGAUCAGAGAAGGCAGGAACAGUGGGAGAAAAUAGCACAGGCUCAAGGAGGCUGGGCGUGGAUGAAAUGGAUGGGAUUGGGAUCACUUAACACUGCACCAUUGUCGCUUUCGGAAGAGAAUGCAAUCCAUGCCCGUUAUCUGGCGAGAGCAAACGUGAUCAAUCUCACUGAGGUAGCAGAAAUGAAGAUUAUAUACCGUGCUGGUGUGGACGCGGAUGGCAAGCCAGUGAUUGUCGUUGUAGGAGCGCAUUUUCUACUUCGGUGUCUCGAUCUAGAGCGGUUUAUUCUCUACGUUGUCAAGGAGUUUGAGCCUGUCAUCCAAAGGUCAUACACGAUAGUUUAUAUUCACUCCGCGGCGUCUCUACAAGCGGUGCCGGAUUUAGGAUGGAUAAAGCGAAUCCAGCAAAUUCUGGGCCGCAGGCAUAAGCGCAAUCUCAAUGCAAUUUAUGUCCUGCAUCCUACAGUAGGAUUGAAGACAGCGAUUUUAGCGUUGCAGCUGUUAGUCGAUCAAGAGGUAUGGAAAAAGGUUGUUUAUGUGGAGCGGUUGCUAGAUCUUUUUCAGUUUGUUCCACGCGACCAGUUGACCAUCCCAGAUUUCGUGUUCCAGCAUGACCUGGAAGUAAAUGGCGAGAAGGGAUUGGGCGCUGAUCAGAAGCCGAGAACGAUCGCGAAUCGAAGCAGGCAAAUUGCAGCGGCGGCAGCAACUGGAAGAUGAUAGCGCGCUCGUCCAAAGCCGAGAAAAAGAUAAGGAACUUCUAUCCGCUAUUCAUAAUUUUUUUAACGUGGUGGUGGUGUUCGUGCUCGUCGUCGUGUAUACAAAAGAGAAAAACAAGAGAAUCGCAAGUAUUUUUUAUUGUUGUUCCUGUACGUCAUUCUUUGGACAUUAUUGUUAUCUCUCUACGCACGCGAUAUUCGUAUGCCGUAUCA